CAGUGUCCCCCUGUGAGCAUCAGGCUUCGUCGGGCUACAAGGAACUGCGACGCGUAGUGGCACAGUGAAAGAGUGCGUUUCCAGCGUUUUCCCAUGCGUAUACGCUUUUUGUAGCGAGUGAUGCGAUUCUCGACCGAAAUACGUCGAUUCCUGCUCACGGAAAACAGACACUGUGUCGACGUUUUUGUGGUGUUUCGUCGCGAGUUCAUCCGAAAGGCGGUGCUGCGGAUUUGUCACGCGCGCACGCGUGUUGGCAGUUUGUGAUACUUCGACGUGAGCGCUGCAGUGAUUCUGUUCUGGAAGUCAUCUAUGAAUUGAGUUCUCCCUUUUCACUGACCAGGGGACGUACCAGGAUCAGACUACUUGGGGCCACGCAGAAAAAAAAUCAACGCUGUGCUUGAAGAUGCAAGAAAUGUGGUUGUUUUCCAAAAAUGGUGCCUACAAUAAUUGUGAGGUGUUUACAGUGAUGAAUAGCGACGUUUUCCGCGUAUACCUUGAGCACACUCCGCACGUUUCGCGCCAGUGAUUUCUUUGUUGUCCCCCGAAUCGCAGCAAUACGAAUUAUUAAAAUGGACAAUCGUGCGCGUGCAGUGCGUCUGAUAGCUUUGCGUCGUACCACAGCAUUCGAUCAACCAUCGGAUGGUCACAAGACGCGACAUCAGAGGAAAUCACCGACGUGUGUCAAUCGGCAGUUGUGAAUGAGUCAAUUAGCCUUCUAACUAUGGCGCUAAGGAAAUUCGCCCUGGUGAAGACCUGUCUGGUCACUAUCGCCCUCUGCACCGUCUAUGUCACUCACCGCGCCGCUACCACUAACAGACCUCUGGUCGUGCUUCUGUGGACCACCUGGUGCGGCAAGGAAGACUACCCUUACUUCAAGGAAGACGUAGUGGACCCGACAUGCGCUCACUCGUGCCUUUUCACCCGCCAACGCGGCUACCUCAGUUCGAGCCGCGCCCUGCUCUUCCACGGCAAGGACAUCCGAAUGGACGACAUGCCCCCGCGUCGGUCCCCCGACCAGAGCUGGAUCUUCUUCAGCCUCGAACCUCCGACGGCCACCCCAGUACACGUACUCCGAAAGCUGGACGGACUGUUCAACGUCACCAUGACGUACAGGAGCGACUCAGACGUCACGACGCGGUACGGAUAUAAGUUCAGAGCGAGGCAGAAAAGAAAGAAACAUCGGGUCACCAAGCGUUCCUCCGCAGAAGUCUCCGAGAACUUCGGAGGUGACCUCGAGAAAACUUCGGGGAAGAGGCGGAAGGCCAUAGCCGUCUGGAUGGUGUCUCACUGCAACACGGACAGCAGGCGAGAGACGUACGUCGAACGGCUCCGCAAAGUCAUCGGGGUGGACGUGUUCGGCAAGUGCGGCGACCUGGUGUGCCAACCAAAGGCGUCGGACGCUUGCCUGCGGGAGGCGGCGCGCAACUACAGCUUCUACCUGUCCUUCGAGAACUCCCUGUGUCGCGACUAUGUCACAGAGAAGUUCUACCGACCCCUCCUGUUCGACAUCGUGCCCGUGGUGAUGGGCGGCGCCAACUACUCGACGCUGGCUCCGCCCGGAUCCUACGUGGACGCCCUGGAGUUCGAGUCCCCCGAGAGACUGGGCGAGUACCUGCAAGAGGUGGCCCGCCAGCCCGAGUGGUACGGCUCGUACUUCCUCUGGAAGGAGCACACCGAGCUCAAGUACGAGAGCGCAGCGUGCAAGCUCUGUUCGAAGCUGCACGAAGACGCGGCCUCCGGGCGAAAGUUCACGUACCACCGGUUCCUGGAGUGGUUCCUCGAAGACGCGCACUGCUCCAACUGGGAACAGGUUCUCACGUGAAACUUUCGUGCGUGACGUCAGCGGUGCGGUCAGCUGUCCGGCAGUGGGUGUGGCUGUGUACUACAAUCCGCGUCGAAUGAAACCCGAACAGAGGCAAACGUGGGUAACGGUGCAGUGCACAACUUCCAGUCGUCAAUACUGACAGGUGCGCACAGUCGGUUUUACAGCACUGCGCACCUGCCCGUGGCGAUAACUGAAGGGCGCCCACUAAUCCAUUGCGAAAUCUUGCCGGUGUUCGGGUUUCAUUUAACGCUGAUAUAGUACGCUGAUAUAGACUAUAUCCACUCCCUCAUCCAAAUCUUAAUAGGCCACAGGCCCUUACGCUCAGACUACUG